AUGACGCUAAUUUCCAAAAACUCCUCAAAUAAGAAAACCCCUCCAUCGCCACUGAGAAAUACUUCUCCUCAGACGCCAACCAUAAAUGUCACUCCGGCACAAGAAAAACUGGACUCUUUAUUACAACAAGAAUCCGAGUUUAUUUUUAUUUCUCCCAUAAAUUCUCCAACCUUUCCAGUGUCGGCAGGCAACAAUCGUAAUCUGAAAGUCCCACCGCCAGUCCACAUCUCCACGACAACCGCACAACAUGAAGACAUCCCAACCUACGAGCACACUAAAAUAGACAUGCCUCCGUCAUAUCAGACCAGUCUAAAAUCCACCUCGAACAGAAAAUCCGCUCCAAAACCGUUAGUACUAAAUUCUAUGGAAACGGAAGAACCAUGGCCAAUAACAAAAAAAUUAUUCUUCUUGGGCUUCUUCUUCUGGCCACUUUGGUUCGUUG